GCUUGCUGGGCGCGAAAGCGCGAAAGGGCGCUGACGGGUUGGGAACGGCGGGAGCAGUUGUGCUCAGGCUGAGAGAACCCAGGAGCUGCUUGGUCCCAAACAGAGUGCUGGGGCGACCGGAGUCAUGACGGGCGAGGUAGUGUCUGGGGUGCAUCUAGAAAUCAAUGAUCCAAAACUUAUUUUACAAGAGGAAGCAGAUAGUCCUUCAGACAGUGGACAGGGCAGCUGUGAAACAACUGGACCUUUGCUUGAAAGAGAUUCAGAUGAUGAACUAUUUGUGAGUAAGAAGUCGAAAAACAGAACGGUACUACAUGACAGUGAUUCUGAAAAAGAGGACGCAAAUGCAUCUGCAGAAAAGACUACCUAUGACAGUGAUGAGAAAAAUAAAGAGAAUUUAUAUGCUGGAAAAAAUGGAAAAGUCAGAAGAAUUUACAAAACUCUGGUGGACAGUGAUGAAAGUGACCUUGAGAAUUCUUUGUAUCAAGAAAAUCUGGAGGCCCAAAUAACACCUUGCUUAGAGCUGGGCCUCCAAUCUGAAAACUCAGUGGACUUUCCAGCUGAAGGAAAGAGCUCAAAAAAGUCUAUAUUUGAUAAAGAAAGAACUGGAAGAAAAAUAAGGUCAAAGAGAAGACUUGAGAAAGAGGAGAAAAAGAUGGAAAAAAUCAGGCGACUAAAGCAUAAGGAAACAAAAGAUGAGGAAGGAGAUGUAAAGCAUCCAUUUAAUGACAGUGGCUGUCUUCUUGUGGAUAAAGACCUUUUUGAAACUGGGCUGGAAGAGGAAGAUAACUCUCCGUUGGAAGAUGAAGAGUCAUUAGAAUCAAUAAGAGCAUCUGUGAAAAACAAAGUGAAAAAACAUAAGAAAAAAGAACUGUCUCUGGAAAGUGGGGUCUGUUCCUUUGAAGAAGAAAGUGAGUUGUCAAAAGGCACCGUGAGGAAGGAAAGGAAGGCAGCCAAGUUAAGUAAAGAAGCAUUAAAACAGUUGCACAGUGAGACCCAACGCCUUAUUCGAGAGUCUGCACUUAAUCUUCCAUAUCAUAUGCCUGAGAAUAAAACCAUUCAUGAUUUCUUUAAACGUAAACCCCGACCCACUUGCCAGGGAAGUGCCAUGUCACUGCUAAAGUCUUCUAAGUAUCAGUUGAGCCAUUACAAAGAAGUUAUAAAUACUGCAAAUACAACGGGUGUUGAUAGUGACCAACAAAACAAAAAUUCUGGGCAGACAAUAGACACAAGACAUGAAAUGGAAGUUAAUGCACACACUGAAGUUUCAAAAGAGCACCAGCUCACUGCUGGAUCAGAUGAGUCUUGCAGUAAGGAUUUGCUGAGAAGUAAAGAGCUAGACGUUAAGGAGAAACAGGAGCAGUGCAAUUCUACACCUUCACUUGGAGGAAACUCGAUAGAACACCAGGAAUCCAGCUUCCUUGAGAACCAGGACAGUGAAGAGCUUCAAGCUGGAGUACUUGUGGCAUCUGAGCCAAAGCCCUUGAUGGAAGAAAUAGACCUGAAAAAAGCAGAAAAAACAGAUGAGAAAGUGGAAGAGCCCAGGCAGCAAGCUAGCGUGGCAGCAGUAGUGCCACCUGAAAAAGUCAGGAAGUUUACUCUGGAGAGACUUAAGCAACUGGGAGUUGAUGUUUCCAUUAAACCCCGACUGGGUGGCAAUGAAGAUUCCUUUGUGAUACUUGAAGAACCUGAAACCAACAGAGAACUGGAAGACUUGAAGCAGCGUUUCUGGAAGCAUGCUAAUCCAACAGUCAAGCCCAGGGCAGGUCAGAAGGUAAAUGUGAAUGUCAUAGUGAAAAAUGUGGGCAAUGAUGGAAAAGAAGAGCUAAAGGCAGAUGUGGUACCUGUGACCUUGGCAGCUGAGAAGCUGGAAGAAACAAGUCACACAAAACCAGGUGAAAAGCUUCAGGUGCUGAAAGCUAAACUGCAAGAAGCAAUGAAGUUCCGAAGGUUAGAGGAGCGACAAAAGCGUCAAGCAUUAUUUAAAUUAGAUAAUGAAGAUGGAUUUGAAGACGAUGAGGAAGAAGAAGAAGAAGAGAUGACAGAUGAGUCUGAGGAAGAGGAAGAAUUAGAAGAAGCUGAGGAGAAAGAAGAGGAAGAAGGCAGUCAGGUUACAGAAUUAUUCCUCAGUGGUGAAGAAACAGAAACCAAAGAUGAAAAAGAAAUGGGUAAAGAAAACAAUGAUGGAAGUAGUGAAAUUGGCAAGUCAGUUGGCCUCUCCGUUCCCAAGCCUCUCUCAUCGGAUUCCACCUUACUUCUGUUUAAGGACAGCUCUUCCAAAAUGAGUUACUUUCCUAGUGAAGAAAAGUCUGAAGCAGAUGAAAACUCAGGCAAAAGAUCUAGUAAACUGGAUGAAGAUGAUUCAUGCUCGUUGCUAACAAAGGAGAGCAGCCACAAUAGCAGCUUUGAACUGAUUGGCUCUACGAUUCCAUCUUAUCAGCCUUGCAACAGACUGGCAGGUCGUGGCACCAAUUGUUUCCCUAUAGCAUCAGGAUUCAGAUCUCCUUCCCCUGGUUUAUUUCGAGGCAGUUUGGUCAGCUCAGCUUCUAAGAGUUCAGGAAAGCUGUCUGAGCCUUCACUUCCCAUAGAGGAUUCCCAGGAUCUGUAUAACGCCUCCCCAGAGCCCAAGACACUUUUCCUAGGAGCAGGAGACUUCCAGUUCUGUUUAGAAGAUGACACUCAGAGUCAACUGUUGGAUGCAGAUGGGUUCUUAAAUGUUAGAAACCACAGGAAUCAGUACCAAACUUUGAAGCCUCGAUUGCCACUGGCCAGUAUGGAUGAGAAUGCCAUGGAUGCUAAUAUGGAUGAACUAUUGGAUUUGUGUACUGGAAAGUUCACAUCUCAGACUGAAACACCUCUGCCCAGGAAGUGCAACAAGCAGGAGAACAUGGAAGAACUUCUCAAUCUUUGUUCAGGAAAAUUCAUUUCUCAGGAUGGCUCCACUCUUGCUCCAUCAGAGUUAAACAAACAAGAAAUGGAGGGCAGCAUUGGUGAUCCAAUGGAAGAAGCACUUGCUCUUUGUUCUGGCUCUUUUCCAACAGAGAGAGAUGACGAAGAAGGUGACGAAGAAGAUGAAGAGGAAGAAUUUGGAGACUUUCGACUUGUACCAGAUGAAAAUGAGCUUGGCAGUGAUGAGGAUGAGCACAGUGACUCUGAAAAUGAAGAUACAGCACUGGAAGAUCAUGAAGACGAUGACGAAGAAGAGCUUCUGAAGCAGUCUGAGAAGCUGAAAAGGCAAAUGAGAUUUAAGAAAUACCUAGAAGAUGAAGCAGAGGUGUCAGGAAGUGAUGUGGGGAGUGAAGAUGAGUAUGAUGGGGAAGAUAUUGAUGAAUAUGAAGAAGAUGUAAUUGACGAAGAGCUCCCUUCUGAUGAAGAACUACAGAAUCAAAUUAAGAAGAUACACAUGAAAACAAUGUUGGAUGAUGAUAAGCGACAGCUACGUCUAUACCAAGAGAAGUACCUUGCUGAUGGGGAUCUACACAGUGAUGGCCCUGGGAGAAUGAGGAAAUUCCGAUGGAAAAAUAUAGAUGAUGCUUCCCAGAUGGACUUGUUCCACAGAGACUCUGAUGAUGAUCAGGUUGAAGAACAGCUUGACGAGACUGAAGCCAAAUGGAGAAAGGAACGAAUUGAACGAGAGCAGUGGCUUCGGGACCAAGCACAGCAAGGGAAAAUUGUAGCUGAAGAAGAAGAAAUUGGAGAAGACAGUCAGUUUAUGAUGUUGGCCAAGAAAGUUACAGCCAAAGCACUGCAAAAAAAUGUCAAUCGCACUAUGGUCACUCAAGACUCAAAGACUUUACUCAGAAAUCCCUUCGAACUUAUCAAACCAGGAAGUGCCAACCAGCUGAUGACAGGCUCACUGCUAAACCAGCCCAAAGCUGUCCUUCAGAAACUGGCAGCCCUCUCUGAUCUCAACCCCAGUGCUCCCCGAAACUCAAGAAACUUUGUUUUCCACACACUGUCUCCUAGCAAGACUGAUGCGGCAAAGAAAUCGUCAAAGCCUCAGGUAAGGAAAAGAAGUCCAUCUGUAAUGACGACUCCUUCACCUAAGCGCCUUAAAACGGAUGAUAAUAACACUUCCGGACUGAAACAAAGCGUCUUCAGAUAUUUGGAAAGCUAACAUCAUCAAGGAUACCCACAUCUAAGAUAAAACUGCUUUGAGAGGUUUCUUGUGUUAAAGGUUGGAAUGAAUGCUCAUGUGGGUAAUACCUUAUAACCCAUGCACUAAGAUUGCAGACAGAUUCUGGUUUUCCUUACUGUGUAACUCUGGGCAUCUCUUUCCUAAUAUUAUUUCCUAGGUUGGCCACCGAUCUUAACUCUCCAUUGUUUACAAUAUUGACUUGUGGGGUGCUUAGGUAAAGGUAUAAUAUCUUCCAUUAUUGGACACUUAGGCCUUCCUGGGUUGAUACUAAUUUGUAAUAGGGAUGAUUGGAAGAGGUAUAAAAUGUAUGGCAUUUAUACCCCAAAGAUCUCCUUGACGGUAACUGGGAAUCAGUGAAAAAGAAGCAUCUUAGAGGACCUAGGAAUCAACAAGUGGACUAUUGUGGUAGCCUUGCGGUAUGCCUCUUCCAAGGCAGUCUCAAAUCUCCAAUUUACUUUUGCUUCCUUUAUAAUAGUGACUCACACUGGAACCUAGGUCAGAAAAAUCUUGUUCCUAAUUUUAUGAAGUGUAGUAGUGAAGAAAAAUGAUUAUAGCCAGAAUAGAUAUCCCAUGGGACAGAGAGCUCUAUCCCAACACUGAAUUCUGUGCUUCAAAUACUGCUUCUCAAGGACUCAUCCUGACAAAAAAAAACAUGACCAUGUUUUUUUUUUCUUUGCAUUCAACUGGGUAAGGACCACUGGCCUAAUCUAUCAGAGGAUAAUUUUAUAUUUCACUACUUAUUUUCAAGAAGACCAUCAAUCCCAGCACCACCAUAAACCAGAGCUGAGUUUAAUUAAAAUAUUGUUGAAGAGAAUUGAUUUCUCCUGAUUUUCCCUGAAUCCCCAUAAGGAUCUUGGAAUUUUAGACUCCCCCUGCCCCACCCCCUUUCACAACUGAGGGUCACUAUUGCUUUGGAAAAACAUUCUGUGUGAACACUGUGGUUUUACUGACACGAGUUGGACUUGGGGAAUUGAGUUGAUUUUGCCAGUUUUUUCAUUGGCAGAUGGGGAACAUCGAUUUAACAAGGUUAGAUUGUAGAUUUUCUAUAGUUUCUAAGACACAAAAUGCUGACCAUGACAGGAUUUAUGUUUGUAUAUUUGUAAUUUUGUGAUGUGGACUAUGUAUAUAAAGAUGUUUUAAUAUGUAUGUAGUUUUUCAAUAAAUCUCAGUGUUCUGAAGACAAGA